AUGGUCGACUUCAACGCGCCCGGCAGCAAUCUGGCGAUGGUUGUCGCGGACAGCGACGAGGGGCUUCUCGUCUCACCCUUGUCAGAGUUCGACCUGAACGUCUCGAUCAUGACCCCGGUCUAUGGCGGCGUCUACGGAACCCCUCUCCUUCGGUCCUUGACCGAAGCUCCCCACCAACUCGACAACGGCGACUACGCCGUGGCGGUUGGCCUCGUCCGGUUCAACCCGGCCAUUCCGACGUUCUUUGUCUUGGAGAGCUUUCUGCAACUCCGCUUGGCUGGUUCCUCCGCCACGGCUUUGACGGGCGUGGCCGGCACCCCCAACAACAUUGGCGAUUCCUACACAUUCUUGGAUGACACGAUCGUCUCGCUCGGCGGUCUCGCCAGCGUGGCGACGGCCGAAGGCCUCUGGUCCAGCCCGACGGACUACAUCGAUUUUUCGCCGUCCGACGCUUUUGUGUUUUCACUCUCUCCUUCGCCGGCCGGCCCCCAGGACUGGAUUGGCUCGGUGUUCCCCGAACCCGGAACCGCUUCAUUGGUGGCCCUGGCAGUCCUCGGACCCGCCCUAGGGGCCAGCUUUGCCACUCGCGCCAACCGUCUUGAGUCUCGCCGCCACCACGCGGCUAACAAUCACCACCUCGCACGGCAAUUGGCCGUGCAGUUUGCGACAGCAGAGUCGAGGCAAAUGGCGAGCACCUUGCGUAUCCACUGCGCGCUAAUCAUGAGCGUUGCAAUGAUGACUCCCUCGACAUCAUUGGCGAGCUCAACCGCGACCACCUCUUGGUCUGCUAUCGGCGCCGCGGACUGGCUCGACGCCGCGAACUGGACGAACGGCGUCCCGGGCGUCACCGAUUCGGCCGAGAUUUCCAACGACGGCAUCGCGGUCAUCUCAUCCAACGUCAACGGGCCCGACGAACUGCUGCUUGGCGGCGACGCCGGCGCCGGCGCCGUUGAGUUGGCCGGCGGGACCUGGACCCCUCGACUGAUCCGCUUCUCCGACAUCCCGCUAGCCGACAUCAACGGGCCCUACCUCGGCCGACUCGCUAUCGAAUCCGGAGCCGUCUUCAAGCCGGGCGGCAUCUUCGGUGCGAACGGACUCAUCGAGCAAAGCGGUGGAUUGUUCCAGAUGAGCCAACUGACGGUCGCCGGCAUGCAGAAGCAGACCGGCGGCAAGCUGGAAGUCGGUUUCGAGUUCACGACCUACCCCGGAUCGCGCUUCGAGAUAUCGGGCAACAGCAUCGUCGUCCUGCCUGAGAAUGUGUCGAUCGGCGGCGACGUCUUGCAGACGGGGGGCCAGCUCGGAGCGUCUUUCAGGAGCAGUCUGUCUACCGGCGUGUACCGCGUUGAGGGCGGCGUCUCACGCCUAGGUAUCGCGACGAUCGGCGAUGGCGCCCGCCUCGAAGUCGCCGGCGGCGAAGUCGUUCUCGACAAACCGUUCGUCACGCCGGCAUCCUACGGCGCUAUCGGCACGGUGGAGGUGUCGGGCGGCGAGCUCGCCUUGGUCAACAGCAUCGAGGUCGAUAGCGGGCCGAUCCAUUUUAUAGCGGGGAACUGGACCCUCGAUGUCCGAGGCGGCAUCGCCAGCCUGCAAGAUUCGGUCUUCGACGACGUCUCGGGAGCCGUGCUCGAGAAAGCGCCCGGCACCCUCACAAUCUUGCCAACUG